AUGGCAGGCAACCGCAACUAUGACUUUUUGAUCAAGCUGCUGCUGAUCGGUGACUCGGGCGUCGGCAAGUCCUGCUGUCUGCUGCGGUUCAGCGAGGACUCGUUCACGCCCAGCUUCAUCACCACGAUCGGCAUCGACUUCAAGAUCCGCACGAUCGAGCUCGACGGCAAGCGUGUCAAGCUGCAGAUCUGGGACACGGCCGGUCAGGAGCGUUUCCGCACCAUCACCACGGCCUACUACCGCGGCGCCAUGGGCAUCCUGCUGGUGUACGACGUGACGGACGAGCGGUCGUUUAACAACAUCCGCACCUGGUUCUCCAACGUGGAGCAGCACGCGACCGAGGGCGUCAACAAGAUCCUGAUCGGCAACAAGUGUGACUGGGAAGAGAAGCGGGUCAUCUCGACCGAGCGCGGCCAGCAGCUAGCAGACGAGCUCGGCAUCCCCUUCCUCGAGGUCUCGGCCAAGAGCGGCAUCAACAUCGACAAGGCCUUUUACAACCUCGCGUCCGACAUCAAGACCCGCAUCGUCGACACGGCCAAGACCGAGCAGACCGCAUCGGCCGGCGUCAACGUCAACAGCUCGGGCGACUCCAACGGCCUGGGCGGCAAGUGCUGUUAA